AUGAACGGAAAUUUUAUACUGGAAUCAUUCGAUCAGGUAGAAAAUCUAGUUUUAAAGGUGGAAACUUUGACUUAGUGGAUUUAUAGAGUAAAUGAUAAUUACUAGUUUAAAUUAGUUAUGUGAAUCAAAUAAUUUAAGUUUGAAGACCACAGAAUUAGCUGCCUAAUUAUUUCAAAAAUGCUUUUCUAAAAAAUGUUGUAAUUUAGACAAUAUAUUACUGAUUGCCAUUACUUCAUUAUUUAUCUCUAUAAAGGUUUGCAUAUCUAAAUAUUAUAGUAUAACGAAUGUUCAAACUUAACCAAGAUUAAUUUGUAAGACUGUAUCCUUUUGGGAAAUGGUAGUUACUCAGAGAAAGACUUUCUUGAAAUGGAAUUGAAAAUUCUUAAUCUAAUUAACUUUGAUGUGAAUCUCCCUACAAUUUCUGAUUUUCUUUAAGAAGAAACCUUAAAAUAUGUUGAUUUAGUAUUAUUUGUUACAUUGGACUCAGAAUUUUGGUCUUUCUCAAAAAAAGAUUUAUCCUAGGCUAUCUUAGCAUUUGCUAAUAAUCCUAAGAAGGACUAAAAUGAGAUAACAACCAACGUAUUUUAUUCUCAUCAAUAUUAGAUAAUCAACUUAAUUUAAACCAAAGUGAAUAUGUUAACUGUGAUAGGUAAUGACCAAAAAGCUAACCUAAAGUAAAAAAGGAAGAGAAUUCAAAAAUAGAAAUUGAGAAUCAAAAAACGCAAUUAAAGAGGUUUUAAUUAAAACAAAUUAGAUGUUCAAAUUUGA